UCUGCCCCGCUAGCUAGUAGCUACACCACCAAAAACAAAUUUUACACCCAUACAAUUAUGUAACAAUGCAAGAAAAAAUAUUUUUUACAAUUUUACCAAGCCGUAGAUAGUCGCCAAAUUAUAAUCAACCGAGUGUUUUUAUUAUGUGAAGUUAAAAUUUUGUGUCCAUAACUCGUGAAGGUAUUGAUUUUCUGUGACUUACGGUGAAUGCGGAAUCUCUAUUAUGUGUUGUGUUUUAGUGUUUUAGAAGAUAAAAUGGCCGUCCAACACGUGAUCUCCUUCAGCAACACAUGACUAACAAAAUGGAGGGGGGAGGCGCGUCGGCCCCAGAGGCAUACCAAUAUGUCGGGCCGUUUCGGCUUGAAAAGACCCUGGGCAAGGGACAGACUGGCCUGGUAAAGCUGGGCGUCCACUGCGUGACAGGGAAGAAAGUGGCCAUCAAAAUUAUAAAUAGGGAGAAACUUAGCGAAUCUGUGCUUAUGAAGGUGGAACGUGAAAUAGCCAUAAUGAAACUUAUAGAGCACCCACACGUUCUUGGCUUGUCUGAUGUGUAUGAAAAUAAGAAAUAUUUAUACUUAGUAUUGGAGCAUGUUAGUGGUGGUGAACUAUUUGAUUAUUUAGUAAAAAAGGGCAGGCUCACACCGAAGGAAGCGAGGAGGUUCUUUAGACAGAUUAUAUCUGCGUUGGACUUCUGUCAUAGCCAUUCUAUUUGCCACCGAGAUUUAAAACCGGAAAAUCUGCUGCUAGACGAAAGGAACAAUAUUAAAAUAGCCGACUUCGGUAUGGCGUCCCUGCAACCAGCUGGCUCCUUGCUGGAGACAUCGUGUGGAAGUCCACAUUACGCUUGUCCAGAAGUUAUAAGGGGCGAAAAAUACGAUGGCAGAAGGGCUGAUGUUUGGUCGUGUGGUGUUAUUUUAUAUGCUUUACUGGUGGGCGCCUUACCGUUUGACGAUGAUAAUUUAAGACAACUACUCGAAAAGGUGAAAAGGGGUGUGUUUCAUGUACCCCAUUUCGUGCCGCCCGAUUGCCAACAAUUAUUACGAGGGAUGAUUGAAGUUAACCCUGAGAAGAGGAUGACGCUAGCAGAAAUAACCCGCCACCCCUGGGUAACCGCAGGGGGUCGAGGAGAAUUGGAACAAGAACUACCAAUGAUGGAGGUUGUACAAACCAGGGUUCUACCGUCAGCAGACGCGAUAGAUCCAGAUGUGUUGCAGGCGAUAUGCAGCUUGGGGUGUUUUAAACAUAGGGAUAAGCUGAUACAGGAUUUGUUGAGUCCGCACCACAACACAGAGAAAGUGAUAUACUUUCUCUUGCUCGAACGCAAGCGGCGUCGGCCCGCACGAGAUGACGAGCCACGCCCACCCGCACUCGCUGCGCCUACUGACCCUCCACGGAAACGACUUGAUACCUGCCGGGUAAACGGUCAGUCAGCACAUUUUGGACAAAUAAGCGAAGGGUCACCGAUCACUCCCAGGCGGUCACAGUUCAGCAGGUCCUCCAGCCGACGCACUGAGGGACGCAGCUCGCCGCAGCUGUCUGCCAGCCCGCCUGGUCACACACCUCAUCGUGUUUCUUCACUAGGCGGCACCCCGGCGACGCCUGGAUCGCCUUUGGCGUCACCUUCCGUCCGCGAACAUCAUCACCAAAGGGCUAAUUCUACUGGACCCACCAUAAGUCUGAAUAUAAGCGGUGAACCAGGCGAGGCUGUUAUAAUAAUAAACGAAUCGCCAAUGGUCGGGUCUUCCGUCUCUGUCCGACCGCACAGUCCGUCUCACUCGCACAGAGUGCGAGAAAGAUCAUCUCUUCCGGGACCGACUGCGCAAUCGCCGGCGCAAACAUCACUGUUCCCCAAUUUGGGGACUAUUGCGGUUCCCGCAGCGCCCGGCACAGGACCGGCGGCACCGUGGCGAGCACGCUUGGCCACUAUCAAAAAUUCAUUCCUCGGUUCUCCACGGUUUCAUAGGAGGAAAAUGCAAACAUCCUCAGAAGAGGUCCACUUGACUCCAGAAAGUUCGCCCGAACUAACAAAACGUUCCUGGUUCGGUUCGUUAUUACUCUCUGCGGAUAAGGAAGAAACAUUCACCGCACUUGUCAAGGGGAAACCGCUAGCCACGGUUAAGGCUGACUUGAUACACGCGUUUUUGAGUAUAGCGGAAUUAUCACACAGUGUAUUGAGCCCGAUGUCGUUUCGCGUGGAAUACAAGAGAGGGUCCAACGCGCCGGCCAUGUUCCAGCGACAUGUUAGAUUUCAGGUUGACAUUUCUACAAUAACAAAAGCGCCCGGUGAAAACGGAAAGGAGUAUUUAUACGCCAUUACGUUUACUUUAUUAUCUGGCAACAUACGCCGUUUCCGUCGCGUAUGCGAAGUGGUACAAGCGGCGGUAUGCCGUGCACCAGGAGCGUCCCGCGCGGCGCCGCACCACCCGCCCUCGCCGCGCGCCGCCAGACGCAACCUGCAGCCGCUCAACGCGAACGAAAUACCUGACAGUCCGGAAACGCCACAGCAUCAAGAGCACGACAGUGAUUGUUCAGUUUUCGAACCGAACACGCCCGGCAGCCAUACUUCUAUUGAGCGGUUGGAUCAGAAUGGUACACACACACUGGGCUCAAAUUCGUCCGUCGCGAGCGGAUCCAGUGGAUAUAAACAAGGCGUUAGAUGCAGACGCGCAGUAGAACCGGCUUCCGCGUCUCUCGAUCAUGAGAUUAUGAGCUGUGGAAGAGAUUUGCCUGGUACCCACACAAAAAGAUCGUCUUCAGAAUGUCGAGAAUCCACAUCGUCACCGCGACGUGGUUUAGAAUCCAGAGAUUCGUCUAUAAAAGAUGAAUUGCGUCGUAAUAAUUCUUUACGGGAAAAUAGACAGCACAGGGGCGAUGUCACGCCUACAUCUAUCGCGUAAUCGUUUCGUUUUCAGUGCAGCCGUUCGGGGUAUUCGCCGCUGUUGCGUGAAUACUAAUUUUUUUCGAAAAAAAUGUUUCUUUGUUUGUUUUUAAUGGGAAGGGAGUCAGGAUGUUUUGGGCUCAAUGUUUUUGUUUGCGGGGAUUUUUUGUUAUUAACAGCGGUGAAGGCGUCGACAAAAUAAGUCAAUAUAUUGGAAAAGUUUUUUGAAUUUACAUAAAAUAUCUGUGCAGAAUUAUUGUAAUCUUAUAAUGCUGUAAUCUAAAACUAUUGUUGAGAAACUCGGAACAAAUUGGAGAAAUCCAAAAGCACUUACUUUUAAGUAAGUUUUUACCGGGUUAAAUGCUAAAUGGAAUAACGUAUAACCCGUGUCAAUAUUGGAUCGAUUUGGGAAAUUACAAUCGAUUUAUUAUUGUCACGGGUUAUGUCAAGGUUAAGCUAAGUGGCCACUAUAUGCCUUUUUGCUGCGUAUUUGAAAUUAAUUUUUUGGGGUAAGAAGUAAAAAUAAU